GAUGCCUUCAGGAAGGCGAGGCCGGUGAGCGGGGCCGGGAUCGCUGCCGCCGCCGCCGCAGCCAUCACCGAAAGGCCGCGGUUUGGGUACCGGGCCGCGUCGCCAUGGCGACGGCUCCGCCACCUUCCCGGCAAGCCCCGCGCCGCCGGCGGCACAUCCGGGAAGCCGUUGCUAUGGCGGCGGGCGCCUUCCGCGGCCUAGUCGCUGUGCUGGAGACCUACCGCGGCCGCGACCGGGUGGUCCGUGCGCUUUGCUAUGGCUGUCAGCUGGCGGGCGGAGCGCUGGCCGGGCCUCAGGCCUCGCCAUCCGGGCUGCCCGGGAGCCUCCUGGCCGUGUCGGCCCAGCUGAGCGCCUGCCGCACCGCCCUCCGCCUCUUCGACGACUUCGCCAUGCUCAGCUACAGCUGCAGCUACGGGCUGGGCCCUAAGGAUGAGGACACUUUGGUGCGGGCGCUGUCGGUGCUCUGCAACCUGGCCAACCAGCUCUACUAUCCCUGCGAGCACAUCGCCUGGGCAGCGGAUGCCGGCGUUGUCCGCCUCGGCUCGCGGAACUGGUGGACGCUGAGCACAGUGCUCUGGGCUUUCUCCCUCCUCCUGGGCAUCCUGCGAUCCCUGAGAAUCUUGUUCCAGUUAAGAAGAAAGCUGAGGCAGCACAAGUGCAGUACAAAGGAGAGUCAAAAGGAAACAAAAGCCCAAGUAAAGGCUGAAGUUUUGAGCAUCCUCACAGACGCAGCAGAUCUCUCCAACGCAAUCCACUGGCUGCCGCCGGGAUUCCUUUGGGCUGGCCGCUUUCCUCCCUGGCUAGUCGGUCUCCUGGGGACCAUAUCUUCCCUGAUUGGAAUCUACCAAUCAUCUGGAGGAGGAAAUUCUGAAGCUGUAUAAAACAUAAUUAAGCUUCAGGAGGCAAAUUUUUACACGGCAAAAAUGCCUUUAGUGUGAGGCAGGGUGUAUUUUAACAUGCCUGGGUGUUUUUGGUUGUAAUUUCACACAUCCUGUAAUUGGGACUGUAGUCAAGAUGUCUAUUACAGAGAGGAUUGUUUGCGGCUAA